AAAGAUUCACACAAUCAGAUCAUCUCGUUUGCUUUUUACAUUCGUGAUAUACUUACUUUAUAGUGCUAAAAAAUGAAGGUCAUUCUCGUUUUGUCCAUAAUUGGGUUAAUCUCGGCGGAGCCGCCCGUUAGUUACCUACCCCCGUCGAAUCAGUACGGCGCGCCGUCGGGAUCGUUUGGAUCACCCUCUUUUGCUUCCCAUACGGCUGCGAUAUUGAGACCCAAUGCACAAUACGGCGCUCCCAAUCAACAAUACGGCGCUCCCGAUGGCGGACACAACGGUGGUGGUUAUGGAGGACAUCGCGGAUACGAUGACGGACCAUCCGAACCCGCCAACUACAACUUCGAGUACCACGUCUACGAGCCCAGCUACGGCAACGACUUCGGCCACCAGGAAGCGCGCCAAGGAGACGUAGCUCAGGGUAGGUACUUCGUACUUCUUCCAGACGGCAGGAAGCAAAUCGUCGAUUACAUCGCCGACUCGAAUGGAUACAAACCGAAAAUCUCGUACGAAGGUACCGCCAACGGUGGUGGAUACGCGGGCGCCGGUGGAUACCAGGGCGGCGGCGGCGGAAGCGCCGGUUACCAUUAUUAGUCUAAUUUUAAUUCGCGUCGAUUGACACCGUUUCAUCGAUCUCCUAGUAAUCAAACGGUGUCCCAACUAUGUACAGCUUGGCAACUGUGCAUAACUUGUAAAUAGCCAGCCUAUACAUACAUCAAUGGUAUUCGAUUCAUAAAAUCGGAAUCGUAAGAAUAUUUAUUUAAAACUGCCAUAUUUAUGUAU